UUUUGAAAUCGUUCAAUUUGGAAAAUUAAAAGAAUGUCCUAAUGCAGAAUAAACCUACAUAAUCUAAGUAGAUAAAUUUCCUUGACUUGCAUCUUAUUUGAUUAUGUCAACUAAACCAUCAGACUCAUUCAACCAAACAAGCAACAAUAACUACAUGCAGCUACCCCGAACAAGCCAAAUUUGUACGAUUUCAUUCCAUUUCCAGUUUUCCACGGUACUCAACAUCAAUUCUCCAGCCAUGGCAGCAUCUUUUUACUGUAAGAAAAGUUAUGUACGUGCCUCUUUUCAUGUAACAUUAACACUCUUGCUUCUUGUUCUUGUAACUCCUCGUGUAGCUUCAUUAGCAUUCAACUAUCAGCAAUUUGGUGACACGGGAAACGCCUUCAAUAUUUCAGGAGAUGUCGAAGUUGACAGAGAAGUCCUCCAACUCACCAUGUCUAAGGCAGAUAGUUAUGGUAGAGUCAUAUAUAACGAACAAUUGCAUCUUUGGGACAAGAACACGGGAAGGGUCGCAGAUUUCACUACCAAUUUCACCUUUACCAUCAACAGAUUCAGCACCCCAAAUAAUACCCCGUACGGAGAUGGCAUCACCUUCUUUCUGGCACAGCCAAACCUUCCACAACCUAAUCCAAGAGAUGGAAGUGGUAUUGGUCUUACGACCCCUGAGCAACUGAAGAGUCUAAAUUACGCAGAGAAGCAUCCUUUUGUGGCCGUUGAAUUUGAUACCUUAGUUAAUGACUGGGAUCCGAAAUAUUACCAUGUGGGUAUUGAUGUUAAUUCUAUUAGCACUUAUGACACUACAGAAUGGUUCGCUAGCAUGGAUGAGAGAGGAUAUGAAGCUGAUGUUAGUUACGAUUCUGGUUCAAACAAAUUAAGUGUCACCUUCACCGGAUAUAAGGAUAAUGUUACAAUUAAACAGAACUUGUUCGCUGUGGUGAAUCUGAGUGAUGUCUUACCUGAAUGGGUUGAGUUUGGUUUCUCUUCAGCAACGGGGUUUACUUAUGAGCCACAUACUCUUAGCUCAUGGUCCUUCAACUCUAGUUUAGACUUGGAAUCACACAAGGGUGGAAGCAAAAGAGGGUUGGUGAUAGGGCUUAGCGUUGGUGUAGGUGUUUUAAUUGUUAUUUUGGGGCUAGUUUUACUUGUGAGAUGGAUGCUGAGGAGUAGAGGUUUGGAGGAUGUGUCACUUUUUGACCAUGCUAUGGACAAUGAUUUCGAAAGAAUGUCUCUGCCCAAGAAGUUUUCCUUUGAAGAACUUGCAAGGGCAACUAAUAACUUUGCAAGAGAAAACAAAAUUGGAGAGGGGGGUUUUGGGGCAGUCUAUAGGGGAUUGAUGAGAGAAUUGAACACCCCUGUUGCAAUUAAGAAGGUAUCUCGUGGAUCAAGACAAGGGGUGAAGGAGUAUGCGUCUGAAGUGAAGAUCAUUAGUCAACUGAGGCAUAAAAACUUGGUUCAACUACUUGGGUGGUGCCAUCAGCACAAUGACCUACUUCUGAUUUAUGAGUUCAUGGAAAAUGGAAGCUUGGAUUCUUAUCUGUUUAAAGGAAAAGGCCUGCUGACAUGGAAGGUGAGAUAUAAUAUUGCUAGAGGCCUAGCCUCAGCAUUAUUAUACCUACAUGAAGAGUGGGAAGAAUGUGUGCUUCAUAGAGACAUAAAAUCCAGCAAUGUUAUGUUGGAUUCUAAUUUUAAUGCAAAGCUUGGAGAUUUUGGGUUAGCCAGACUAAUGGAUCAUGGGACAGGAUCAAAAACAACAGGUUUAGCAGGAACAAUUGGGUAUUUGCCUCCUGAAGCUGCCACAAGAGGCAAGGCUAGUAGGGAGUCGGAUGUAUUCAGUUUUGGAGUCGUGGCUUUGGAGAUAGCAUGUGGUAGAAAGGCAAUUGAGCCAAGUCUUAAUGAAGAACAACUCUAUUUGGUGGAUUGGGUUUGGGAACUACAUGACAUGGGUGCUAUCCUUACAGCAUCUGAUCAAAGCUUGUAUGGACACUUUGAUGAGAAAGAAAUGGAGAGGUUAAUGAUUGUUGGCCUUUGGUGUACUCAAAUAGAUUUUCUUGUGAGGCCUACAAUUAGGCAAGUUGUCCAGGUGCUUAAUUUUGAAGCUCCAUUGCCCACUCUCACACCAAGGGUGCCAGCAUCUACCUAUAAUGCAUCUUUCAGCUAUGUUCCUUCUAGUAUUCCUGCUUUGGCAAAUAACCACCAACCUGUGUCCUCAUCUUCAGGCAGUAGCUUAUUCACCGGAUCCUCACAAUCCAACACAACUCUUGAAGUCAUUUCUCCAUCAGCUGCAUAUUUUCAUACAUAUUAAGUUUUAUAUUUUUAGCAGUACAUUUUCUUCCGUUGUUCUUUUUGUCUUGAAGUGAAAUUCUACAUGUGUGUCGCACGUUAUCUUUAGCUUAGUAAUAUUUUCUGGUUUAAUUCAUUUUCUUUCAGGAAUUUCAUGUUAAAAACUCGCCUUGCCAUUAUGUAAUAUAAUUAAAGGAAAGUUGAAAUGAAACUCUAA